AUGGGUGUCGAGAAGACUAAAUACCUGGACCGACCCAUUCCCACCAUCUCACUGGCCAACUAUGAAUCACGCAUCGAUGAAAUUACCUCUCAACUAGUUUCUGCGGCCGAGAACGUUGGGUUCUUUUCUGUCAUCGACCAUGGCAUCACUCCUGAGGAGAUCGACGAGAUCUUCACCCAGUCCGCCCGUUUUUUCUCGCUUCCAGACGACACCAAGGCGAAAGUGCCAUUCUCCUCGGCAAACAACGCUGGGUGGGAGAAGAAUUCACAAGUUCGACCUUCCACAGGUGCUGCAGAUAGAAAGGAGUCUUACCAGAUGCAAUUCGGCAAUAAUAUGGAGGGCAAGUGGCUCGAUGACUCCGCACUGCCGGGUUUCAAAGACUCCGCCCUAAAGUUUAUGUGGAAGGCCCAGGGGGUGUCGGAGAAAUUGAUGACUUGUUUCGCCCGCGGGUUGGGGUUCGAAGAUGACUACUUUAUCAAGGCUCAUGACGUGAAGAGACCCGAGAGCCAGACGGUGGCGAGACUCUUGCAUUAUUUUGAGACUCCCAGAGAAAACGCAACCGGAGAGAUCUUUCACCGUGCAGGAGCACAUACCGACUGGGAUCUAUUGACACUCUUGUUCCAAAAGGCGGGGCAGAGUGGCCUUGAGAUCUGCCCUGGUCGAGAAGCCUCCACAUCCUUCGCCCACGGAGACACCUGGACGAAAGUGGAACCAUCCCGCGAUGCCAUCAUCUGCAACAUCGGCGACCUCCUCAUGUCCUGGUCCGACGACCGUUUCAAGUCGACUUUCCACCGCGUCAAGGCACCCAGCGAACUCGACGAUUUCUACGGCGAACGAUACAGCAUUGCCUUCUUCAAUCAACCGUGCAGAGACGUCAUCAUCCAAGGUCCGCUCAAGAAAUACCCCGCGGUGACGGGAGAGGAAUUCACUCGCAACGCCAUGCGACGAAAUUUCGAGGCGCUGGAGAAGAAGAGACUUGAAAAGGAGAAGCUGGAGGAGGCCCUAAAGCUGGUGCAGCGGGAGGGUAUUAGGGGGGCGAGUGUCGAGAGUGGCGGCAAGGUCGUCGCUGAGGUCGGCGCUUAG